AUGGCUCGAAAGCCCCCAUCGAUUCCUCUCGCCCCUUCCCAGACUAGGCCGCGACGCGCGAAAUGGGACGGUCGAACCAACCGCCUUCGGGCUGAUACGACCAGAAACGCGACCAGACCGCCCCACCCGUCGCGAGGUAGAUGGCUUGGCCAGUUCCUCCCCAGCCGCACGUCGCCACGGAUCAGCCGCUCGACGAUCAUUUCGGUCGAGCCGAUCUUGCGCGCGAACCGCGCCAGCGUCGUCAGGGGCGGUCGUGGUCAGAUGAUAGGCAGGCGGCGCGCGCCUUCGUUCGGCACGACGGCCGGCAGGGCGCGACCGCGAUUUCCAGCAGCUGACGGACCUCGCUGCGGAUAUUGGUUUGUUCGACCCGGUCGACACGGCCAUCCGCCAGUGCGCCACAGAUCGCCUGCGUCACAUCGCGCCGCCUCUUUUCGACAGGCGGCCCAUCAUGGUCAGCAUGUCCGCAUCGCUGGCGGGGACAUCGGGCAACGGCACGAACACCCGCCCAUCACCGCGCACAGCGCCUGA